AGAAGCGCGCUCCCGUGGCCCGUCCCCUGUCUUGGUGCCUGAGGCGCAGCUCUACGUGGAAAGUUGCAGCUCUCCCCGGCGGUGCCGCGUUCCUGUCUGCUGUCACUUCGCUUCCCACCUCCGUCAUGCCUCUCCUCCUCCUCCUGCUGCUGCGGACAUGGGAGUUACCGGCUGCGCGCGGAAACUAACCGGCUCCGCUGCACCGACUGUCCGCGUUCAGGGCUCCAUCACCAGCCAGGGACACCCCGCAGCGCGACGCUGAGGCUUUCUGCUCAGUUCCACCCUUUUCUGUGAUUUGUUCGCUCGGCUCCGCGUCAUUUAUGGACUCCGGGAGCCGCUGGUGAGAGUGUUUGCAAUUUCCGUUCACACAGCCUGAAGAUGGAGACGGUGAUGGAGAGGGAGUGCAGCGCGCUAGGGGGGCUUUUCCAGACCGUCAUUGGAGACAUGAAGGGCAGUUACCCCGUCUGGGAUGACUUCGUCAGCAAAGCCACCAAACUGCAAACACAACUAAGGACGACGGUUGUCGCAGUAGCCGCCUUCCUGGAUGCCUUUCAGAAAGUGGCCGAUCUGGCAACCAACAGUCGAGGGGGGACCAGGGAUAUCGGUUCAGCGCUCACCAGGAUGUGCAUGAGGCAUCGCAGCAUCGAGGCCAAGCUCCGACAGUUUUCCAUGGUGUUUCUGGACUGCCUGAUUAACCCUCUCCAGGAGCAGAUGGAGGAGUGGAAGAGAGUGGCUAAUACUCUGGACAAAGACCACGCCAAAGAGUACAAAAAAGCCCGCCAGGAGAUCAAAAAGAGAUCGUCAGAUACUUUGAAGCUGCAGAAGAAAGCGAAGAAAGCCGAUUUCUUUGGUCGCGGAGACCUUCAGCCUCAGCUGGACAGCGCCAUGCAGGACGUCAGCGAUAAGUACCUGCUGCUGGAGGAGACCGAGAAGCAGGCUGUGAGGCGGGCGUUGGUGGAGGAGAGGAGCCGUUUCUGCGUCUUUGUCACCAUGCUGCGGCCCGUCGUGGACGAGGAGAUGUCCAUGCUGGGGGAGAUCACCCACCUCCAGACGCUCACGGACGACCUGAAGGCCCUGACCAUGGACCCGCACAAGCUGCCGGCCUCCAGCGAGCAGGUAAUUGUAGACCUGAAGGGCUCAGAGUGCACCUGGUCUUACCAAACCCCUCCCUCCUCUCCAAGCACCACCGUAUCCAGGAAGUCCAGUAUGUGCAGCAGCCUGAACAGCGUGAACAGCAGCGACUCUCGCUCCAGCGGCUCACACUGUCACUCCCCGACCUCCCAUUUCCGUUACCGCGCCUCCUCCUCCUCGUCCUCCUCGGUGUUGCCCCAGCAGACGCCGGCCCGCCUCUCGUCGGUCUCCUCCCACGACUCCGGCUUCAUCUCACAGGACGCCUACCAGUCCAAGUCUCCUUCGCCGAUGCCUCCAGACAACCUGCAGCUGUGUGUCUCUGCUUUGUUCUCUCAGUCUGUCAAUGAGGAGGCCUCCUCUUCCUCCCCCUCACAUCCUGAGCCCAGCUCCGGGCAACAACAGUUGCCAAACGGCUUUGACCAUCACGCUGCCCUCUGUCUGCACGGAGCGGUGCUGCAGGGCCUGGACACCCACCUCCACCCCUCAUACUUCACCUAUUCCUCUUCCUCCACCACCACCUCCCCCAUCUCCUCGCCCUCCUAUCAGUGUGUUUCUCCCACCUGGGCGUGGUCCCGUUCAGGUUUCAGCCAAUCGGGAGAGCUCUCGUCUCCCGGCUCGUCGGGGGUUGGAGUGAUCCCCUCAUCCAAAGUCCCGUCCUGGAAGGACUGGGCCAAACCAGGUCCUUACGACCAGCCCAUGGUCAACACUCUGAGGCGGAGCAAGGACCGGAGAGAUACUACAGAUCCCAGCAGCCACCAGGGCUCUGAUGCCACCACACCUGUAGAGGAGCCACCGGGAGUUAGAGGAAACCACACCGUGAUGUCUCCAAAAGGGGAGAAGGAGGCCCACGAGGAGCUGGCCAGGGCGCUGGCUCGGGGCCUCCAGCUGGACAUCCACGGCUCCAGCAGGGACUCGCUGCAGGGCUCCAGCGGCUACAGCAGCCAGACCAACACACCCUGCUGCUCAGAGGACACCAUCCCCUCACAAAUGUCAGACUGCGACUACUACUCUGUCGGUGCUGAUCCGGAAGGCGAGCACCAGUCAGACUACGAUAAGUCCUCCACCAUCCCGAGGAACAGCGACAUCACUCACUCCUACCGCCGCAUGUUUCAGUCCAAGCGGCCAGCUUCCACCGCCGGUCUGCCGUCUAACCACUCCGCCGUCAUCACCCCGGGGGUGGCCACCAUUCGACGGACUCCGUCAUCCAAACCCAACCUGCGCCGACCCUCCGGGGGCCUAAAUUUGGGCCCCAUCCCUAUCAAGCCACCCAUGAUCCCGGUCAAAACCCCCACUGUGCCUGAUCAUCCUGGCUUCCCAAGCAGAGCAGAAGAUGGUCAAACACCACGGACCCCACUGAGCCCCCCAACCACCCCUUUGUCCCCUGGCAGCAGUGGGCCCUUGUCGCCAAAGUCCAUUGCCUGGGGGAACCAGCAACCCGACGAGGAAUCGGAUCCUCCUACCCCGCCGCCGCAGCCGGGCGGUCGACUGUCGGAGUGGGAACGCCGGCCUCUCCCUGAACUCCUGGAGGAGACGGAGUACUGCGAGGUGGAGGACUUCCUGGUGGCUAUCCGGCGAGGCGUCAAACUCAAGAAGACUACGUCCAAUGAUCGAUCGGCUCCGAUGAUUCACUGAGACCGCCAGGGUCAACGGGACUACACCUUCUGUCGCUUUCAGGAUAUUCUCCUGAAAGGACAGAAAACUGCUAUAGGGAGUGAGAGUUACAACCUGAAAUGGUGCCAAAAUAGUUGCAAGUUGCCCUGAGACUCAUCGAGGAUCAGUUUUAGAGUAUAAGAAAUUAACUGCAGAUUGGCCCCUUGGAGGUGUCUUUCCUGCACGUCGUUUCAGACAGAAGACCAUUGGUUAAAAAGUCAAAGGAAAGUUGUUUUAGCCAUCAUACACAAGAGGGUGAUCCACAAAACGAUCAUAGAGACAGAGAACUGGCGCAUUGAUUUGGAACGAGGGAAGAUCCACUUUAAGAGGCUUAGUUGCGUUUGACCAGUGGAAUCUCUUGCAGGGAAUUACUCCAGUGGUCACUGAUCCGAGAUUUUCCCCUCAGGGCAACUUCAAGGUGUAAAAGGAAGAGAAAGGAUUUACUUUGGGACUUUGGAUGAAGUUAGAGGAGAAGGCUAAAACGAAUAGGAGAGAAUGAUUAAGUGGAACGACCCGUCGCAACUGAGCAAUUUCAAAAGAUCGACUGCUUCUGUGUAUGUAAAUAUCCACAUUUGUUUUGUCACAUGGUCACUUCACAUCCUCAUAGUCGGACAUUUUCCACUUAAUGUGCCAAAAAAAAAAACUAAAAAAUAACUUAUAUGUACCUGAAACAGUACCAUUUUUGUGUAAUAGCAGAAGGUUUCCGCAGAAACAGAGUAUUUGUGUAUGUCGGGCAGCACCAUCAAGAGUGUAAUCCUUCACCUCUAAAGAUCGACGACGAUGUUAUCGGCAGUAGAUCGCCCUGCAUGUCGAUGCGGUUUAGCACAGUUUAAGUCAUUUUUAGCCCCUAAAACGAAACAAAUCCCAGCAGCGGAUUACGGUUCAGCUGGCUAAAUCUGCCUCCCUGUGCAAACCAAUCCAUGCCUGUAAUCUGAAAAUGAAAAUAUAUCUAUCUAUCUAUCUUUAGGUACUGUUAAAUAUUUCUUUUUUUUGUAAUCUAGGUUUGACUGCUAUUUUAAAGAUCCGUUUUCUGUGAAGCACUUUGAAAAAUUCAAACAAAAAAAACGCAACAGUUAGUAAUGAAAUACUUGCAAACGUUAAACCUACACGUGCCAACGUUACUGUAUGUGUUAGCAUACGUAGCACCACUAGAGGCUGUUACUGGAGUUUCCGUGUUGCCGCCUUUUCUCUGGAUAAUUGGAGUAAAAUGUGUCGGUCUGUCGUGGUGAAGCCUUUGUGCUGAUAUUAGCUGGCACUGGUGUAAACGGUAGUGGAUAAUAUUUUAGGAAACACAUUAUUAAGUCAGACUUUAAAGUUGAGAAACGUGCUGCAGUGAACAGAGUUUUAAACUAUGUAAAGGGUUUGAAACCCGAGACCUAUAGUUAUAUUUAUUGGGGAUAAUCACAUCAACACUUUAAAUUGCAUUGACAGAAAGUCAUUUAAGUUCAGUUUUAACCUUGGUAAAAAAUGAGCUGAAAGCCUUUAAAGUGAGUUAAUGUGGAGGAAUCCAACUUUUUUUAUGUUUUUUUUUUUAAAUUUGCAUUUAAUUAGUGGAGGGGACAAAAGUGGAAGAAAAAAUAUUUACAAAAUUACUACUGUCACGAUUAUUUUAGCAGCAUAUUAUUAAUUAUAUUUACACUGAAUCAUGUGUUUAGGGAAAUGUGACUUGUAGUUCCUUCGGUUUAUAAAUAGGACAGAGCAGAGGCUCAUUUCUCUCAGCCUGUCCUUAAAAGAAGGAAAGACAGAAGGAAAUGCCAUUUAGGAAACGCAAAUGGAUGUUGAUCCUAAGUCAGAAAAGGGUUACAUGAAAAUAGCUACUUGCCUAACUUUCUCCACAUCUGGAUUCGGAGCAAUACAUAAAAAAACAAAAAUGUCUGGAAUGUGUCAAGGAGUUAAAUUUAACUUGAAGUCAUGUAAGGCGAGAAGGGUAAAAAUCUGGAGAAAUGUAGUCAGAAGGGACCAUUCGGGUCCAUGACAACCAACAUCUUACGGGCUUUUUCCCCAUCACACAUUUUUACCAGAGUCGCCAAACAUUGGAGGUUCCCUGCAGCUGAACUUUAAAUUACCACCAUCAUGACACAAUGGUUAAAUCAAUUAUUCUGACUUAAAAUACUGUUUGAACGUAGAUUCCCGUUCUUGCCCCAUGUUGCAGCUCUCUAACAGUCAGUUUCUCAUCCACUAGACAUGAAUUAACCCAAAGGGGUUAGUUGUGGGCAUCGGCGAGUCCAUUAACACACAGCAAUCUUCGUGCCGCCAAAAACUGCUACUGAUGAGGCAUCUUCACGCAUUUAAAUUAUUUGUUCUUUUAAAUACAUGUAUCGUAUAUGCAUUUCCGUUUCUAAAUUACCAGCUGUACUUUUACCGUAGAUAAAGCCCUAUGAAGAAUAUCUUACACAUGCAUGGUGAUUCAUGCCCUCUCUGCUCCCCCUUAGUUAGCGUCCCUCUGAAGGACCCGUUUCCUCCUCCACCCUGUAACGCUCCACAUGAAUCAUAGACAUGUUUUCCUGUGACUGCCGUGUCUUAGAGCUGACGCCUGUCCCGUUUCCCGCUGCAGGUUUUACAAAAAAAACAGUCGUGUAGCUGAUGCGACAACAAGCGUAUGAAGCUGAAUGUUUGAGCCUGCGACGACCAACUGUGGCUGAUUCUUUUUUCUUUUUUUUUUUUCGGGCCGAGGAUUAGACGAGUGUCGGGAGUAACGUCCGGUUGUAGAGCUGAAAUGUUCUGCUUGGUUCUCUACACCGUCCCUCAGUCAGAGACUUUACUUAGAGGUUAACUCAAGCUGGAUCUUCAGCCACUUCUGUCCUGUGCUCGGCGUGUUAACAUGCCUUUCCUGUCGAUGUCUCCUUUAAAACCCUUUAAUGUUUGGCCUUUGACACAAGUUGCCAAAUGAUUUUUUUUUUUUUUUUUUUUUACAGUAUGUGCUAAAUAACCCUUUGAAUUUAGUUUUUUUUUGUAUGCUUUUCUUACUUCAGGUGCUCCUCUGAGAAGCUUUGCAACCGCUGCAGUGAUAAAUUGUUGCAGUAUUUUUAUUUUUAACCUGUUGGUUAUGGAGAAUUUGUCAAAUGGACUUUAUUCCCUCUGUAUAACUAAAUCUAAUUUUGCAUUUAUUGCAGACUUGUGGAUUACACACAGUACUUUAUGGCAUUUUACGGAGAGCCAUCAGAGAAAAUUAGAAAUAUUUCGGUGACUGACUAAAACAGGAACACGAACAUGCUGACUAGGAAACAUUGGGGGGGGGGGGUUGAAGGUGAGGUCCGUCCAGGGAGAUCGAUACUGAUUGAAUAAUGAUUUAAUAAUCUGAUUUGUCUGAAAUUCCACUUACGCUUAUUAACAUCUGAUUUUUUUUUUUCACUACAGGCUGAUUCAAGCCUUCAAUCAUAGCAGUAAAAAUCCACUCCAAGAGGAAUAAGUUCUUAAGAAGUUGUUACAAGAAAAUCAGACUUUCUAAAAGAAGUUAAACCUAUUUUUUUAUGGGGUUAUAAAGACUAGACGUCCGGCCCUAGUUUCCAAACCCAUCACCAAACAGGUUAAACCAAAAUGACUAAAUUUGAAUCUAAAUUGACUUUUGAAAGAUCUCAAAUCUGCUCACACUCAUAUCCCGACUAAAGCUGAUGACGGCUUAUGAGACCAGAUUAGUAUUUUCUUUUUGUAAGGUUCUACCUUAGACAUCUCCAAGCUUUCCCUGUUCUAGUUAAUUAUAUUCAACUUUCACACGAAUGUACAUUUUUCUACCGUAAACUCAGAUGAAUAAGUUCCCCGCAAGCCUUUAACACAAUAAAGAGUAAAUAAACCUG